GGUGUAAACAAGAAACAAAUAUGGCGACUUUCAUAGUCAAACAGAAGUUAUGGCAAACUUCUGCCGGCAGAUAGGAGCUUUUGUUGACAGGAAACACAAUAUUACAGCAUAAUGACUGAACCGAGAAGUGAGGCGGCUUUAGUUCGCUACUACUGCACCGUCGGUAACGGGAUGGAUCACUUCUUAAGGGACGAGGUGACGAGGAAGCUGGCAGCUGAAGCUGUGUGUCAGAUGCAAGGUAAAGUGUUGUUCAGCUCCUCUGCGGGGAUCGACAGAGUCAGCGAGCUGAAGGCUGCGGAGAGACUGUUCCUCCUGUUGAAAAAAGACGUGCCCGUGCUGCUCUCUGCCCACACCAGCCCAGCAAAGGCGGCCAAUGUGCUGCAGUCCAGACUGCUGGGUGACAGGAAUCAGUGGACCAGUGCUGUAAGGACAUGGAGCCGCCUGCAGGGGGAGCUGGCAGGCAGGAGGAGUACUGUCGAGGCAACAAGCACUGCUGUGGGAGUGACAAGGAAGAGGGAGGAGGGGAGAAGGAGUGAAGCACAGAAGGAAGAGGAAGAGAAGUGCGAUUUGGAGUCUAGAAAAAGUGCAGGGGAGCAGAGGGAGGAGAGUGGGAACGGGAGGCUGAGAAGUGGCGAGCAAAAUGAGGCCCAGACGCUGGAAAAGAAGAGAAAGAGGGAUGAUGGUGAUGAAGAGGAGGAGGAAAGGAGGGGUGCAGCUUGGAACUUUACUAGUGAGACGAAUGAAGAGAAAGAGAAGACAUCUGAGAGACAAAGGGGGAGAGAGGGAGAAGAGGAGAGGGUAAUGUUGGAGUUUAGCAGCUGUGGAAAAAAUGGUAAACACAGAGAUUUGAAUGGCCGAGCCCCCGCAGCACCACAGGACCGCUGUGUGGACAGCAGCAGCCGGAGGACGGAUGACACGGCAAAGGGUGUUGCUGUAGAAAGGGUUGAAAAUGAGCCGCCUUCUGUCCCAGUCUCUUUCAGGAUCAGCUGCAAGUGUACUGGAUCUCUGUCCCGAUACUUCAGCCCACAGGAGGUGGGCAAAGUGAUUGGAGCAGGUCUGAGCAGACUGCUGGGCUGGAAGGCCGACCUGAGGAAUCCACAGCUGGAAGUACAUGUUUAUUUGAGUGAUGAUCACUGCCUGCUGGGGAUUCCACUAACCAGGUUACCUCUGGCUAACCGCAGCUACAUUAAAACCACAGGACUGAGGUCUACUGUAGCCUGGGCUAUGGCCUCAUUGGCUCAGAUACAGCCAGGCUUCUGUGUGGUUGACCCAAUGUGUGGGGUGGGAACCAUCUUAAUAGAGGCAGCACAGGAACACAAGGCUGCCUGUUUCCUGGGUAUGGACAUUAAUGAUGGACAGCUGCAAAAGGCCAAUGAGAAUGUAGAGUUUGCAGAGCUGGGAAACAGGAUACACCUGCUGAAAGCUUCAUCUAUGGUGCUGCCUCUGCCCAGCGCCAGUGUAGAUGCUGUAGUCUGUGACCUGCCAUUUGGAAGGAAGUUUGGCACCAAAACAAACAUGGCUGCCAACCUGCCACUCAUCCUCACUGAGAUGGAGAGGGUCCUGUGUAUUGGUGGCACCCUGGUUCUUCUUCUGAGUCCUCAGUUAUCCUGUCUGCUGAAAAAACUCCUGGCACAGAAAGACACUGGACCAGCGUCUAACCUAGAAACAAAGUCUCAAACUGGGACACAAGACUGCCCCUCUCCUUCUCUAUCUUCCACAAAGCAGCAGACAUUCCAGAUCAACCAGGGAGUCGAUUCCCCACCUACCCAGAAAACAGACCCUCAGUCUGGGCUCCAACGCAGUCUGCCUCCCCUUCUCUCCUCCCUGAAGCACCAGAGAACUCUUAGAGUCAGCCUAGGCUUGAUAGAUGGACUUAUCCAUAAAUAUGUAAAGAUGGACACUUGAUCAGUGUUGAAAUGAAAAAUAUGUAGUUAUGUUGAAAUGCCACACUUAAAUAAAACAACUUUUUUCUUUA